AAAAUAAGACUAUCGGACACGCACACAAGAAGAUCCAGGGAGAAGAAAAUGAGCAAACCAUCCUUCCUUUUCCUAAAACCGACGGAAAUAUAGAAGAAGAGAAAAAUGUUGCUGGCAGUUCUCUUCUCCAACUCUGAAGGAAACAUCCUUGUUGAACGUUUUCAUGGGGUUCCAGCUGAAGAGCGAUUACAUUGGAGGUCAUUUUUAGUUAAGUUAGGAGCAGAAAAUCUCAAAGGUGUCAAAAAUGAAGAGCUAUUCGUAGCUUCUCACAAGUCAGUUUACAUUGUUUACACCGUGCUUGGAGAUGUAUGCAUCUACAUUGUUGGCAAGGACGAAUAUGACGAACUUGCUUUGUCAGAAGUGAUCUAUGUGAUAACCUCGGCUGUGAAAGAUGCAUGUGGAAAAGUUCCAACGGAGCGCUUGUUUCUUGACAAGUACGGGAAGAUAUGCUUGUGUCUGGAUGAGAUUGUAUGGAAGGGAAUGCUGGAGAAUACAGACAAAGAUCGAAUCAAAAGGAUGAUAAGGUUGAAACCUCCUACUGAGUUCUGAAUAAGAAGCUUGCAUCUCUACUAAUCUCGGAAAAACUUUACUGAAAGCUGAAGAAGUCUGUUUCUCUUCUUCCUUUUUAUGUUUUCUUUUACUAUCAUUGCCGAAAUUUGUAAAUCACAGUACUAGAGUUUUAUGGUGUGCACUCAUUGUAAAAUAAAACCUUUGUAGACCAGAAAACCGAUUAUAUCCUCUUUGAGACCCAAGUUGCUAAGGUUUUGCUGAGUUCCCUCUUA